AAUUUUAUUUGAUUAAAGCAGAAAAUGUUCGCUUUGGAUUUUCGCCAUCAUUUAAAUACUGGAUUUCUCCAUCUGAUUGUAACAAUCGCAAUUUUUGACAAAAACGUAGAUGCUUUUAUUUUGGCCAAUAAUACAGUCAACAAUCCUCAUAAUCAUAAUGUUAAUGAUAAUAUCAACAAUACAAUCAUCAAACAAAAUGAUAAUCAAUCGGAACUAUAUGUAACAUGUGAUUAUGAAACACCGUCUUUCAAAUCAAUGGAAACAGAUAUCAAUGAUUUAUUUACGUCUACAGCUUUACAUUUCUGGUUCAAUAUUUUUCCAAUAAUUUUAGCCACAAUUGGCAUGAUACUUGCAUUCGCAAUGCUCGCAUAUUUUAUGAGGAAUAACUUGCCUACUGAAUAUCAAGAAAAUCUAAAAAAACUUCAUUCGAAAAUAACAACAACAACAACAACGAUAACCAAUAAUGAUCAAACAUCAUCGUCAUUAGGUUCAAAUCAACCAUCAUCAUCAAUUAAAAUUCAUUUAUCAUCGGUAACGAUUCCAUCAACACCAUCAUCCUUGGAGGAUUAGUAUCUUCUUUUACGAUAAAAAAUAUGUUCUUUCAAAUACAAACUACAAGAUGGCGU